GUACAUAGGCAGAGUUCAGAAUAAAGAGAAGGGGAUGUUCGUCUGCCCCUUGGCAUUUUGACAAUUAAAUCAAAACAAUUUUUCAAGCAUCCUUCUAACAACAACAACUGAUUCUCGGUCGCUGUGCUCGCGAUACUAUACAGUAGUUGCUGUUCACACACAGCAGACAGACAAUACCAAAGCGGAUGCCAGAGCGAGGCCUAUCAGAGUUUUACUGUACCAUUCGCUUCGAAUCUGUGCAACUGAAACAUUUCGAUAGCGACAUCAUUGUGGUGACAACGACCGACCGACCAAACGAUCUCUCUUAUAAAAUAACAAUUUUGUGCAUGUUUGUGAUUAUCUAAAAUUUAAACAUAUUUUUUUUCUGCUGUAGUGCCAUAUUUUAUUUUAUUUAUUCGAUCGAUUCGAACGAAGUUAUUAUCAAGUUUUAUUGACAACUCUUUCUAUUGAUGAAGUGACUGAAAAACUAUUGUGAGAUCUUGAUUGUGCAAAACAAAACGUGUUCAAAGCGAGAAAAAAAAUCACCAGUGUGUUUCAUGAAAUUCUAAAGCGCAAUAUUAAAAGUGAGAUCAAAGUGAGAUGACAAAAGUGUAGAAAAAUACGAACUCUUCGAAAUAUUUAUUUUAAAAAAAUUAAACAAAAGCAUUCAACAUGAAUUUGUCAUUAUCUUCAUCAUAUGAAACAACAGGUGGUAGCGGAGACGAACUCGACAUGUCGAAACGAAGUGAACGAAGUAGAAGUUCAUUGCCGGACGAUUUUCACCCGAAUUUUCUGGUUCGCAAGCGAGAGAGGUCAGCUGAACGGAUGCCAAUCGAACUGACCACACAAAUACCACCACCGCCCGAAUUGGAUAUACAAAAUGGAUCGAUUCAUGCAAAAUUCACGCUGCCGCGCGGCUACCGAUUUGGACCAUAUGCCAUCAAAUGGACCAAUGAACCAACAGAUAGAAAUGUAGCGUGGGAGAUAAUCUCAGCUCCAGGCAUUAGUGGAUGGUUGGAACCAGUCCCACAAUUGAUCCAAUGGCUCAAGGAAAUGAAAACCGUUUUUGUUGAUCAUGAAGCAAAUGUUAAGUGUUGCUUCGUUCACACUGGAUGUAUAUGGUACGAAGUUUUACGUGACAUUCCAGCCGGCGAUGAAUUAUUGCUCACAUCGAAAGUUCCUUUAAAUCUUAGAGAUAUGUUUUAUGACAACAGUGAUAAAGAAACAGGCUCCCAGCAUAGUGGCGCUAUCGAGGAAGAUUUUGGCACCGCUCACGAUUUACAAAGUAACAAAAGUGAUUUAAAUAUAUCGAUCGACGCAGAUCCGGAAGCAAGUGACGACGAAGGACGCAUUGAAUUUCAGUGUCCUGAGUGCGAAAGGCUGUGCGUCGAUCUCGAACAACUUGACAGUCAUUUGAUCUUGUGUCACAACUUUAAAAAAGACAAUUAUCGUUGCGAACAUUGUUCGCAAGGUUUUUCGCAUCGCCCAUCACUUCUGCGACAUAAAGCAUUGCAACACGGUGAAGUUCGGAGGUUUCCUUGCGAAAACUGCUCAAAGGUAUUCACUGACGCAUCUAAUUUGCAAAGGCACAUUCGUAACCGACAUAAAGGUGCCCGCGCCUAUCCCUGCAGUGAGUGUGGCAAAACAUUUGCCACUGAAUCUGGUCGCAAACAACAUACCCACAUCCAUUCAUCGGUGAAACCGUUUCAGUGCGAGGUUUGCUUAAAGGCGUACACGCAAUUCUCAAACUUGUGCCGACACAAGCGCAUGCACGCCGAUUGUCGUAUGCAAAUCAAGUGCCAGAAGUGCACCCAAAGUUUCAGCACGGUCACCUCGUUAUCGAAACAUAAGCGAUUUUGUGAUACGACAUCGGGUCCACCAUCCAUUACAUCUCAACAGCAUUCAAAUUCGCUAUCAUCGCCACCAAACAGUGCAACACAUUCGAAUCAAUCGUUUUUGGGCUCACCUGUACCACAAUUACCAAUGGCUUCACGUCCAAAUCCAUUCUUGAUGUUGCCCGGAUCGGCACCAUUCUUUACACCCGGUUUCCCACCAUACACACCAGAUUGGCAGCGCAUUUUCCAUCAAAAUGGUGCCGCACAAACGCCAUUCCCAUUGCUGUUCCCAACGGCACAACAUGCAUUGGACCGGCCAACGCAACCCGAAGGAAAAACCCCGGUUCGAUCAUUGUCCGCUGCUCAAGAGAAUUCAAUCAAAGUGUCACCACCGACAGCCGAAGAAGCUUCAAGUAACUUAAUACCGUCACCGAGUCGCCCGAUCCCCAUCAGCAUGCAACAUCCUUCGAAAAUUUACAACAACAACAAUAAUAGCUCAAAGAAAAACAGCAACGAAGACAAUUACAUUCGAAAUGAGCCGGUGCGAUCGCCUGAACGCUGCCAAAAACGCUCGAAAUCAUUCUUGAGCAUUGAAGAAUUGACGAUGAAGAAAGAAACCAAACGAAAAACCGAUAAUUCCGACUCGGAAUACAAUUCACCACCGAAACAACGAAAAAUGUCUGAUGCAGAUGAAAAGGAUACAUCAACAGCAUCUGAGCAACCGCUUGACUUGUCACUGAACAAAAGUUCCAAACGAAGUGAAAGUGCAUCACCGGUUGAGGAGCCAAAAUCAAAACUGUUCCGCGCUUCGCCAACGCCGUCACCAUCGCCCGAGCCGUCCUUGUCAUUGUCACCGUCACCACCAAAUCCACCGAUGGCAUACCCACGACCGAUUCAUCCAAUGCUUCUGGAAGCAUUCUACAAUCAACAACGCGGAUUUCAGCGGCCGUUCCCCUUUUUACCCCAUUUGACACGAGCACCCGUUGAUAUGUUGGGCGGUGGUGCGGCCUUUAGCAAACCCUUCCAUGAUGCCCUAAUGGCAGCUGGUGCUGGAUUUCCACCAAGCCUAAAUAACAGCCAUCACAAUGGUGGAAAAGCUAAGGAUCGUUAUGCCUGCAAAUUCUGCGCAAAAGUUUUCCCGCGAUCAGCCAAUUUGACGAGACAUCUGCGCACCCACACCGGUGAACAACCAUAUCAAUGCAAAUAUUGUGAACGAUCAUUCAGCAUUUCCAGCAAUUUGCAACGACAUGUGCGAAAUAUUCACAAUAAAGAAAAGCCGUAUCGGUGUCAUUUGUGUGAACGUUGCUUCGGACAACAAACUAAUUUGGAUCGACACUUGAAGAAGCACGAAACCGAUGUGAACGGUUUGGGGCUAAGCGCCGGUGAUUCGCCAUCAUCGAACGAAUUGGAAUCCGAGGAAAACUGUUUCGACGAAAUUCGUCAAUUCUUUGGGAAGGUCACGUAUUCAGAAGGCAUAUACACACCGAGCAGUGUUGCAACAGCCGAAGGCGGUGAAAUAGAUGACGGAAGCGACAUUGAUGCUGAUAUUGUUGUCGACAAAGAGCCCAUUAACAAUAACGAAGCCGUGGAAGUUUCGAUUUAAGGAGCUUUAUGCGUUUUAUUUUCGGUCUCUCUCAUUGAUUAUCUAUGAAAUGUAAAUAUCAAUGUUGAAACUAUGUUUGUUUUUAGCAAAUUAUAUACCGAUUGUUUGACCAAAAUUACACUGGUUGAGGUCAAAUUUGAUGCAACAAAUAUACACCGCGCUGAAACAUGAAUAAGAAUACACACACACACACUCUCUCUCUCUCUCUCUCUCUCUCUCUCUCUCUCUCUCGAUAUAUACAUAUAUUUGAAUAUAUAUAUUUAAUCAGGAAUCUAUACCUAAUAUCAAUGAUAGCACCAAACUAAUUCAUUCUGAAUAGUUUUUGUAUGCCUCUCAUCAAAUUUUAUUGAGAGAAAAUCUGUUUUAUGAGCCACCGAAAAUCAAUUUUUAUUUCAAAUUUUAACAACGAUCAAGAAGCCAUCAAUGAUUUUCAGUUAUACCAAGAAUUCAUUGCAUGUUUGCACACAAAAUUACACAUUAAUUUCCAAAUAAUAUCUCGAAAGAUGACAAAACAUAUUAUUAUCCUCUGAAUGUAUUACAUACCUGCACAUAGUUAACUAAGCAUUCGCUAGAAAUACCAAAACAAUUAGGGCAAAAAUCAUAUUGAAAAACAAAAGAAUGCAAAAAAGAAUCGAAGUAAAAAGACCAAAGGCAUUACAUUUAAACAUUCUUUUAUUCAUUUUCUUUUGGUUAAAGGAACUUUUAUCGAAAAUUGAAGAGUAAACAAUAUUUUAGUUGAAUUUUUUGUCAUUAAAAGAAAAAAUCGAUCUUUCGGUUAUAAGAAUAUUAACUCUUUUCUCGGCUCCUCUGGUCGAAGGAAGAGGUGACGAAAUCCAAUUGAAUAGUUUGUACAGUAGGAUAAUAAUAAUGAAUCAAAUUCAAGUUAGAAUAAAGCAAAUUAGUUUAGCUAAUUAUAUCUCUUUAAUUUCUACAACUAAAUUUGAUUGCUUCAGUAGCUUCUAUGAUUUUUUACUCGUAGAAAUUCAAAAGCGUGCUUAGACUGUAAGUGUUACAAUGAAACGACAAAACAAAAAAAAACAACAUAAAUAAUAUGCGACUUUGAUUUUAAGGGUCAAAUAAAGGACGCUCAUUUGAUAUAUCAUAGGUUAUUAAAGUGAAAAACAUCUAAAUACACUAAUGUAAACAUCAAACGAUUGUGUUUCUUUUUUCUUCGGCUUAACUAUUUGAAAUCAAUCUCUCGCAAGCAACGAAUUUGAGUUACAUAACACACUGAUUUUAGAGUUGAAGUAUAAACCAUUCAGAAUAUUUGAAGAGAAAAAAACACUUUUUUCGAUUAGUCAAUAAAUGAUGCUCCUUUAACCAACACACACACACAUAUAUUCAAUCAAAUUUAAUUCUUAAGCAAGUCUCAUUUAAAUCUAAACACUGUAUUGAUAUUGCUAUUCAAACAUGUACAUGCAAUAAAUGAAUUUUUGAAUCUAAAACCAA